GCUUGCGGAAGCACGGAGUGGAAUGUCGAUACAUUGUUGUUGUUUUCGUGGCUGACGGACUGACGGACUGACUUUAGUUCACGGUCACCGCUUCGGCUAGACGGCGGGACGCGCAUCCCAUCCAGUGACAGCUGAAGCCUACAGGCAGGAUAUUCCUCCUAAACUCACCGAAAAUCCCGGAGGGAAUUCCGCGUCCACAAGACUUUCAGGGUAUGACGACUCAUUUUAAACCAAACAAAGCAGUAAAGGUGAAGAAGGAGGCGGGUGAGAAUGCGCCGGCACUGAGCGAUGACGAGCUGGUGGCCAUGUCAGUACGCGAACUGAACCAGCACCUGCGCGGCCUCACCAAGGAGGAUGUGGUGCGGCUGAAGCAGCGACGGCGCACGCUCAAGAACCGAGGCUAUGCCGCGAGCUGCCGCAUCAAGCGCGUCACGCAAAAGGAGGAGCUGGAACGCCAGAAGUCGCUGCUGCAACAAGAAGUCGAGAAGCUUGCCCGUGAGAAUGCCAGCAUGCGCCUGGAGCUGGACGCGCUGCGUGCCAAGUAUGAGGCGCUGCAGUGCUUUGCCCGUACCGUGGCAUGCGGCCCACUCACACCUGCCAAGGUGGCCACCACCUCCGUCAUCACCAUUGUCAAGUCAGCCAAUCACGGCUCCGCGUCUCCGCCGUGUUCCGCACCGUCAUAGUGGGAGGGAAGGAAUGAGGAAUUCUUCCAUCUGGUCCAAAUUGGUCCAAAUCUUCCCGUCUAAUUCUCCACAGACUAAAGGGAUGGGAAGGGGAGGCAGGAGACUGCCAUUUUACCAUAACGUCUCUUUUUCAUUUAUUUUUGAUGUUUUGAUGUUAUUUCUCUGUUGUUCCUCCCACAAACUCACACUCAUAUAUAUAUAUAUAUAUAUAUUCACACACGACCCCAUCCACGUCGUCUGUGCACUGUGCUCUAAAGCUCCGGCACCUGCAGCGCUCACCGACCUUCUCGCCUUCUCUCUGACCCAGACUGAGAUUUAGCAGAGAUGCGACUUGCAGACUUUAAGAUUAAGUACUUGAGAUUGAAUGAACCUGCCAUGGCAGUCUGUGAAUGCGCUGAUGCCUGUGGUAUCUUAAUUUACACCAGAGAGUGAAAAACGUACAUUAUCAAUGGAGAAACACCAUCUGCAGUAUAUUCUUGUUACUGAAGUUUAAUGUAAGGAAAAAAAAAAUUGCUUAUACUUGCAAAAAGCUUAAGACCUUUUGUCCUCAGCUUUUGUUAGCCGUAUACGGAUUACGCUCACGCAUAUAGGAUUUCAGGACUAACAUGAAGGGCCAUGGGUUAAACUUCUCAUUAAGUGCACGCAUAAUGGAUGUCCAGAAACUGGUGUUAGACCGAUGAAGUCCUUAAAGCCAUGUUUUCAGGAUAGUUUUAAACCAGUCUUGCACCCAUACACACAUUCACAUGACUUCACAAACCGAGACAAUGAGGAAUCACACGGAACAAGUGACUCAGCAAUUAUUCUAAAGAAUAUUUAGAACAGCACUUAACUUUUACUGUUGAAUUACAGUUUAAUAUAAUAUUAUAAAAGCACUUCCUAAUCACAAUGACACACAGGACUAUUCAGGACAAAGAAAUAAUAGGAUUUAAAAGGCACUUGUCAGUUACAUUGACUACUACUAUUAGCAUAAUAAUAAUCCUAGCAUAAGUAUAACCCUUUAUCACUAACUUCUAUUUCCUGUUAAUAAUCGGCGAAAGACCACCUUUUAUUGUCACAUCACUUCACAAGGAAAGAAUUUAUAGCAAUGCACCUGCUUUCUCAUAUGUUAUGUUUAUAUAUAGAUAUAUAUGUAUAUUUCUUUCCUCGUCAGCGCUAUAACGAAUGGAAGGUGAUCCAUAUUGGAUAUAGAGACGUGAGCUGUCUUGGCAGAAGUAACGCAAGUCCAUUAUUACCUGUAUAUUACAGAUUCGCUUUCGCAUCACGAAUGAAAAAAGCGAGAGUAAUUCCGUCCGUUUAGAAAGCAUUCCUACUGCCAGGUCACCCGAGGUGGCACGGCCAGGUCACCCGAGGUGGCACGGCCAGGUCACGCAAGGUGGCACGGCCAGGUCACGCUAGGUGGCACGGCCAGGUCACGCAAGGUGGCACGGCCAGGUCACGCUAGGUGGCACGGCCAGGUCACGCAAGGUGGCACGGCCAGGUCACGCAAGGUGGCACGGCCAGGUCACGCAAGGUGGCACUGACAGUGUUUGUAACCCUGAUUUAAAUGUUUAUGAAAUCACCAAUAUUUCGAGACAGGCUCUUGGGUAAAAAGACAAUCCUGGUGUUUUACGACGUGACUCAACGUGCAGCGUAUUUUAUUUUUAUGUUAUUGUUGUCAGAAAUAGGUAACGUGAAGCCUACGUGUAAAUGCUUGUUCUGUUGAUUGAUUUCUUAGAGAAAUGAUCCCACGUGCAAUCAGGAUUCUCUCUUACCCAAGUGACUAUGACUGUUCCUUCUUCCCUUAGGGGGAAAAAUAAACUGUGCUGCUGUGUAGGUCGCUGAUAGCCCUGGCUUUGUGGCCUACUGCUGUGCUUUUAGCAUACUUAUCAUUUUGUAUCUCUUCUCAAUGUUUUAUAUGUCCUUCUACAUAUCCGAAUGGUAUUUAGGUUUAUUUUACUCUUGAUCCAGAAGAUUUCCUUUGUAUUUUAUACAUUUUAAUUUGUUGUUUGUUUUUCGGACAUGACCUGCAUAUCUUGCCAGUAGUAUGUUAAAUAAGUUCAGAUAUUUUACACGUCUGCUCUGUGAUCAUUUCUGAUUGGUAUAAAUCGUGAUUACAAAGCCACACGUCUAAUCAGCGCACGUGUCGGUGUCCAUAGUGAUGCGGAGCGCGCGCUUCUCAGACGCUUUCGUGGAUGUAGCCGCUCACGUGACCUGUCUGUAAAGCGCACGUGUCAUUUCGGUAUCUGCCAAGGCAUUGUUGUUGUGACGACUUGCUGACAUUUCAAACUGACUCUAGACACGUGUGCUUACAUCUGACUCGAAGAGAAAAGAAAUGCCAGGACAUUUUCAACCUCUAAACCUUUACUUAUAGUUUUGGAUCAUAAAAAAAAACAACAAAUAAUUCAAAAACCUAGAAAUUCCCCAGCCCAAUGCCUACUUCUUUUUCACUUCCUAUUCCAUAGAAGGAGGUAAUUACCCAAGUUCGUCCUACAAUCGGUUCCUCUUUAUGAAAUUCCAGUUCAAAUUGAAACCCAAAACAAAACCACCACCACCCAGUGACUUGUGCUAACCUCUAACAGGGAGCUCUCAAAAUGCUGUGAACAAAUGCUAGUGAAUCCAAGACGCUGCAUAUCUUAUAUAUUGGAAGAAUGAACCAUUUCUUUUAUGGACCAAGAAUAGAAAUGAACGUAUUUUGUUCAGAACAUGAACCACAUGGAUGAGAUCUUGCAGGCAGAGGUUAAUCUAGAAGACACAGGCUGAGGUUAUUCUAGAAGACGCGGGCUGAGGUUAUUCUAGAAGACGCGGGCUGAGGUUAUUCUAGAAGACGCGGGCUGAGAUUAUUCUAGAAGAUAGAAGCCUUUAUUAUCGCCACAUAUACAUUACAGCACAGUGGAAUUCUUUUCUUCACAUACCCCAACUGAGGAGGUUGGGGUCAGAGUGCAGGGGCAGCUAUGAUACAGCGCCCCUGGAGCAGGGAGGGUUGAGGGCCUUACUCAAGGGCCCAGCAGUGGCAGCUUGGCUGUGCCGGGCCUUGAACCUCUGAUCCUCCGAACAACAACCCAGAGCCUUAACCAGUAGAGCCACCACUGUGCCACGUUACAGGAAACAGGAGACCCUCUGACUCGGUUGCCAGUGUUUAGUUGGCCAGUUUGGAUACAGAGUGUAAUUAGACCAAGGACAUUGAUUAAAAUUGUAACUAUCUGCUAGACAAAAGCGUACUCACGUACCAGGUUCUCCCUAUAGUCCCCUUUUUUAAAAAAAAAUUAUUUCAUGGUCAUAGCAUAAUUGGGAUGCUGUUCUCACUAAGUGGGUACUUUUUUGUUUUGUUUUGUUUGUUUUCCUUCUUUCUCCUAUUCUGCGUAUGCUGUAUGUGGCCUUUUUCUGGCUGAACAAGUUAAAUUAUUCUAUUUUACAUAUCUAUUUUUUUGAAAGUAUAUAUUCUAAACACGCUCAGUCAGUCCUUAAAGCUAUUUACCAUGAACGCACAUAACUUUUAACCAGUGCUCUUGAACACACUUGCCUAUAAACACACAGAGAGAAUCUCAAUAAGAUUAAACACUGCUGCUCCAAACCCCGACCCCUGCGGUCGUCCAUGUUAAGGUCGAACGGAAAGGUAACAGGAAGAAACGGCUAUUAGCGGACAGUAGUUAGCUAUAGUUUCUAAGGAUCUUGAGCUUGAUAUCGCUGAUGUACUGUAGGAAAGGAUAACGCGGCAGAUGGUUUAAACUUCUGACCGCAGACAAAGUUCUGGAAAGUGUCACGAACAGCAGAUUGUACAGUAAACGAGGACAAGAAAGGCAGCAAACUUAGACUUUAAAUAAAAAAAAAACAAACUCAUAUGAUUUACACCAUUACAGUAAUCUGUGUAUAUCUAUUACACUUGAAAUGUUUAUUUAUUUUGAACCUCUAAAUUAUUGUAUUUACAUUCAUUUAUUUACUUUCUGUCGGUCAAUGAACUACCCUCAUGUACAAAUAAACCCGUGCGCAUUUUCCCACUCUG